AUGGCGCAGUACAAGGGCACCCUGCGCGAGGCGGGCCGCGCCAUGCACCUGCAGCAGAAGCGCGAGAAGCAGAAGGCGCAGCUGGCCGUGCUGCGGCAGCGCAUCGCGCGCGAGACGCUGCUCAAGUCCAAGGUGGACAAGCGCUUCGCGGCGCACUACGACGCCGUGGAGGCCGAGCUCAAGUCGAGCACGGUGGGGCUGGUGACGCUGCGCGACAUGCAGGCCAGGCAGGCGGCGCUGGUGCGGGCGCGCGCGCUGCAGCUGGCCCGGCGCGAGCAGCGGGACGCGCGGCGGCUGCAGCUGGAGGCGCGGCGCGAGCGCGCGCGGCGGCGGCGGGCGCGCGGGGCCGGGGCGCGCGGCCUGUCCUUCGCGCUCGACGACUACGACGACCCCGACGACGGCGAGCCGGGCCAGCCGGGCCAGCCGGGCCAGCCGGGCCAGCCGGGCGAGCAGGGCGGCGGGCGGCGGCCGCUGGGCAAGGACCCCGCCGUGGACACCAGCUUCCUGCCCGACCGCGAGCGCGAGGAGGCCGAGCGGCGGCUGCGCGAGGAGCUGCGGCGCGAGUGGGAGGCGCGGCGCGAGGAGGUGAAGCGCCAGGAGAUGGACGUGACCUUCAGCUACUGGGACGGCUCGGGCCACCGGCGCACGGCGCGCGUGCACAAGGGCAGCACCGUGCAGCAGUUCCUGCGCGCCGCGCUGCAGGCCCUGCGCGGGGACUUCCGCGAGCUGCGCGCCGCGGGCGUGGAGCAGCUCAUGUACGUCAAGGAGGACCUGAUCCUGCCGCACUACCACACCUUCUACGACUUCAUCGUGGCGCGCGCGCGCGGCAAGAGCGGGCCCCUCUUCAGCUUCGACGUGCACGACGACGUGCGCCUGCGGGGCGACGCCACGCUGGAGAAGGACGAGUCGCACGCGGGCAAGGUGGUGCUGCGCAGCUGGUACGAGAAGAACAAGCACAUCUUCCCCGCCAGCCGCUGGGAGCCCUACGACCCCGAGAAGAAGUGGGACAAGUACACCAUCCGCUGACCCGCCCCGCGCCCCAAUAAAGCGAGGCCCGCCCGCGG